AUGAAGCACUUCGGAUACAUGCCUUAUAGCACUAAACCAGUUUUCAUAUCCAGAGAUCAAAUAUCCAUGACACUUUGUGGCUUAUGUAAUCCAGAUAUGAAACCUAUUAAAGACAGAUUACAAAAGUUGAUAUUUUCUCCUAAAACAGGAUAUCAGCAGGACAGCCCUCAGCCUAAGACAGGAUAUAGCACGGAAGCUCCCUUCAGCCUAAGACAGGAUAUCAGCAGGACAGCCCCUUCAGCCUACAGGAAUCAGCAGGACAUGAUCAGAGCAGGACAGCCCCUUCAGCCUAAGGAGCAGGAUAUCAGGCAGGACAGCCCCCUUCAGCCCAAACCCAAAACAGGAUAUUCAGCGGACAGCCCCUUCAGCCUAGCAGACAGGAUAUUCAGCAGGACACCCCUCUUCAGCCCUAAACCAGAGAUAUUCAGCAGGACAGCCCCCUUCAGCCUUAAAGACGGAUAUCAGCAGGACAGCCCCCUUCAGCCCAAAAACAGGGAUAAUCAGCAGGACAGCCCCCUUCAGACAGGAUAUCAGCAGGACAGCCCUCUCAGGCCUAAGGACAGGAUAGUCGCAGGGACAGCCCCCUUCAGCCUAAAGGACACAGGAUAUGCAGCAGGACAGCCCCCUUUCAGCCCAAACCAGGAUAUCAGCAGGGACAGCCCCCUUCAGCCUAAGGACAGGAUUGAUUCAGCAGGACAGCCCCCUCAGCCUAGACAGGAUAUCAAGCAGGACAGCCCCCAUUCAGCCUCAAAACAGGGAUAUCAGCGGACAGGCCCCCUUCAGCCUAAGACAGGAUAUCAAGCCAGGAACAGCCCCCUUCAGCCUAAGAGACAGGAUAUAGCAGGACAGCCCCCCUUCAGCCUAAAACAGGAUCAUCAGCAGGACAAGCCCCCCUUCAGCCUAAGACAGGAUAUCAGAUAUCAGCGGACAGCCCCUUCAGCCUUUAAGGACACGGAUAUCAGCAGGACAGCCCCUCAGCCUAAGACAGAUAUUCAGCAGGGGACAGCCCCCUUCAGCCUAAGACAGGAUAUCAGCAGGGAACAGCCCCCUUCAGCCCAAACCAGGAUAUCAGCAGGAACAGCCCCCUUCAGCCCAAACAGGAUCAUCGGCAGGACAGAUCCCUUCAGCCUAGGGACAGGAUAUCAGCAGGACAGCCCCCUUCAGCCCAAAACAGGGAUAUUUCGCAGGACAGCCCUUCAGCUAAGACCACGAUAUCAGCCACGGACAGCCCCCUCCUUAAGACAGGGUAUUCAGCAGGGACAGGCCCCCUUCAGCCCGAAAACAGAUAUCAGCGGGACAGAUCCUUUUCAGCCUAGGACAGAUAUUCAGCGGACAGCCCUUCGCUCUAAAACAGGUAUCAGCAGGACAUACCCCUUCAGCCUAAGGACAGGAUAUCAGCAGGACAGCCCUUCCAGCCCAAAACAGAUAUUCUGCAGGACAGAUCCCUUCAGCCUAGGACAGAUAUCAGCAGGGAUAUCAGCAGGCCAGCCCCCUUCACCCAAACAGGAUAUCAGCAGGACAGGCCCCUUUCAGCCAAAACCAGGAUUCAGCAGGACAGACCCCUUCAGCACUAAGACGGGUAUCAGCAGGGAACAGCUCCUUCAGCCUAAAGACAGGGAUAUCAGCAGGACAGGGCUCCUUCAGCCUAAAAUAGGAUAUCAGCAGGACAGCCCCCUUCAGCCUGUUGUCAGCCCCGCCCUUGGACACUCACCCACUCUCAUCGAACGCUUGCUCUCUGUGCGACGCAACCACGGACCAACUGAUCCACGGCGGGGCGAAACAGGAGUUACCAGAAGUUCUAUGACUCUCAAUUCCAUGACAUUUGAUUAA